AUGAUAGUUCCGAAUCCGAUUCAGAAGAACCGCAACAGUCCACGCAAAGCAAGUAUACGAAACAAGCGAGGUCCCGAUUCAAACCCCUCUCAACCGACAUCCAGUGGCUCACGUGCUCGAAUUGAAGAUGCAUUACCCGAUGCCAGGACCAUCGCUAUGUUUUCGGCUCCCACCUUUUCAGCGCCAUUCAUCUUGCCAAAUAGUUCAAAAACCCACCUAAAGCUCAUUGCAGACAAGCUUGGUCUUACGCCUGAGAACCAUCAGUUGGCUCUUCAGAUAUGUGGGGCCACUCGCCCAGAAGACCAAUUUGUGACAUCGAUUGGCUUUCUUUCAUACUUGAAGCAAAAGUCUGAUGAGCCGACCCAGACUCAUACCAAGGGGUCUGACUGGGCUCCCACUAGCGAAUUAAAGGAUGCGAUUCGACCAGAGUUGAAUGCUUUGAUCAUGGACCUUGGAAUAGUAUCAUACAGCCGCACUGUUGAUCUCAAUCAACGUUUGAUAUCUAACUCCUUUGAUCAAGCAUGUGUUUACCAAUUGUUUUAUCCAUUUCAGAUCCACCUCCAAAGCAAAGAUAGAUCGUUUAUUAAAUUUCAUUAUCCACCUGGCUAUGAAACCGAGGAAGGGAACGAAGCCCACAAGGCUAUGCUAGCCUUUUACAAGACACAAGCUGUUGCAACUCGUAGUCGAUUACGUGGGGUGCUCCUGACCAACGUCCUCCCUAUCAAUAGCCAAAUGUCAAAGCGUCCCAUGCCGGGUCUUGCACAACUGAUGGCUCUGAUCUGUCGUGGUCUCAUAAACACACAUGAUACUCGAUCCGAGACAGAGAUAUUUGACACUUCUCCCAAAUCCUUUCGGCAACGUGUGGCCUUUCUGCGUGUACAUGCUGUAGCCUCUCAUAGAAACCCUUCCUCAAAUGGUCGUAGAUUUCUUUGGGAUUACAUCGAUGAGGCCCUAUUGAGCUUGAAGGAGAAGCAUGCAGGCAGAGAUCGCAGUAUGUAUAAAAAAGCACUAUUAGGCCCUGACCCAGACCGAGUUAUGGAGCAGUACAACAUUCUGGAAGCAGAAAAAAACGCUGAAGCAGCACAUGAAACUGAAGAAGCACAUGAAACUGAAGCUGGUAGUUGA